UUACUUUUAAUUUAGAAAUAUCUUUUCCUUUUGUCUCCUACCUAAACUCAAAAACCAGAGACUAUAAAAGAGUGCGAUUGUUUAACAAGUUUGUAUCACACUCCAAAAUGGACUGCACUGCGUUUUCUUCUACUUAUUCUUCGUCAAAUUCUAGGGUUUUCAAUUCAAUCACUCAGCUCUCAAGCUUAACACCUCAGUUCCCUAAAUCAAUACGUUACAAUUCUUCGCUUCGUGUUUCUGAUUUCUCAUGCAAAUCUACCUUUCAGAGACUCACUGCUCGUGCUAAGAUGGCUGUUACUGCGGCAACUGGAAAUUCCAAGGCGUUAUCCCCCUUGGAUGGACGGUAUUACGAUAAAGUGGACGAGCUGUCUCCUUAUUUAAGUGAAUAUGCGCUGAUGUAUUAUAGAGUUCUUGUGGAGGUCAAAUGGCUGUUGAAGCUUUCACAAAUUCCUGAAGUCACUCAAGUUCCCAACUUCACAGAAGAAGCUCAGUCUUAUUUGCAAGGAUUGGUUGACGGGUUUAGCGAGGACGACUUCUUGGAAAUUAAAAACAUUGAGGCUGUGACAAACCAUGAUGUAAAAGCAGUUGAAUACUUCUUGAAAAAGAAAUGCCAAGUACAUCCAGAGAUAGCUAAGGUGCGUGAAUUUUUCCACUUCGCUUGCACAUCUGAGGAUAUCAACAACCUUGCCCAUGGUUUGAUGCUGAAAGAUUCAUUGAACAAGGUCAUGUUUCCUGUCAUGGAUGAAUUAAUUGAAGCAAUAUGUAACAUGGCUGAAGAAUAUGCUUCCAUUCCAAUGCUUUCUAUCACUCAUGGACAGACAGCUUCUCCUACAACUAUGGGAAAGGCAAUGACAAUUUUUGCUGCUAGGUUAAGCCAACGACGGAAGAAAAUUGCUAUAGUUGAGAUAGAGGGAAAAUUUGCUGGUUCAGUUGGAAAUUAUAAUGCACAUUUUGCUGCAUAUCCUGAAGUUAAUUGGCCUUUGAUUGCCAAAGAGUUUGUGGAAUCGCUAGGGUUGUGCUUUAAUCCAUAUGUCGAUCAGAUUGAACCGCACGACUAUAUGGCAGAACUUUUUUAUGCAAUUGUCAUUUUUAACACUAUCAUGAUUGGUUUUGAUAAAGACUUAUGGACAUAUAUAUCCUUAUCCUGCUUUAAGCAGAUAACUAAAGCUGGUGAGAUUGGGUCUUCAACUAUGCCUCACAAAGUAAAUCCUAUAGAUUUUGAAAAUAGUGAAGGUAACCUUGGAGUCGCCAAUGCAAAUUUGUGUCAUCUCGCUCAGAAGUUGCCCAUUUCACGUUUGCAGCGUGACUUGACUGAUUCAACUGCUUUGAGGACUAUGGCCUAUGGUUUUGGACAUUCUCUUUUAGCCUACAAAAGUGCAUUGAAGGGAAUAGGAAAGCUACAGGUGAAUGAAAGUCGCUUGAGUGAAGACUUGAAUGAUUCAUGGGAGGUGCUUGCGGAAGCAAUACAAAUGGUUAUGCGGAAAUAUGGCGUUCCAGAGCCUUACGAGAAGCUGAAAGACCUGACGAGGGGAAGAGCUGUUACCAAAGAAAUUUUAAGAGAAUUCAUCGAAAGCUUGGAAUUGUCAGAAGAAACAAAAGCCUAUCUUUUGGAGCUGACUCCACGUAGCUACGUUGGAGCAGCCGAGAGCAUCACCAUGAAUUUUAUAAACGGGAGGAAAGCUCUGUGAAGCAAUGGUUACAAGUUGCCCAGAGAACCGGGUAGAUUGCGUUAAAAGAAAAUUAUUGAAACAGAUCACAUGACAUUUUAGGUAGCGACACAUUUCUGGUCUCAAACUCGAUUUUUUUACUGGUCGUAGUCAAAGAUAGUCUUCAAGAGGGGUGAAUUUUUGUGAAACGAUAAUUUUUUUGUUAGCUUUAUAAUCAAUGCUGGGAUUUUGUUUUAUA